AUGGAUGAAAUUAUUAAACAAUUAACACAUGAUAAUAAUCUUUUGGAACAACAAUGGUCUGAUAUAUUUAGUCGUAUUGAAGAAGCAUCAAUAUCUAACGAUUCUAAAUUAAUUUUAAAUGCACUUGUUGAUUAUUUACUUACAGAACCAAUUGACUCAUUACCAUGCCUUUUAAAAUAUUUAUUAAUUACUAUGGUAAUUGAACAAUUAAUUAAAAAAGAAGUCUCUAUUGAAAUUAAUGAUUUAAUAAAUGUUUUUAUUCGUAUUCUUGAUUCGUCAAGAGUUGAUCAAUUGUAUUUAAAAUUUCUUGAAACAAUUUAUAAAAAUUUUGAAAUUGGUGAGCGACUGUGUUCAACACCAAUUAAGACAGAUUUAAUUGAAAAAAUUCUUCAAAGUUUACAAAAGAAAACAUUUGUAUUUAAUUCCAAUGAAGAUACUGAAAAAUGGGAAACAUUUUUAACUCAAACUAUUUUUUCGAAUUCAACGAAUGAUAUGAAUAUUUUAAAUAAACAAGAUAUUAUAGAAGAAAUGAAAGCAAAUUUUCAACAAUUUUACAAACAUGCUGUUCAACAGUCUCAACAAUCAUCAGUAUGGUUAAAAAUUGCAACAAUAUUAAAUGAAUCUUCAAGUAAAAUAUUCACUAAUGAAACAUCAUGGAAUAUGAUUUUAUCCGAUACAAAUCUCUCAAUUGAAAAUAUAUCUUUUGAUUGUAUAACUCAAUUAAUUCAAUCGUAUAAAAAUGAUAAUGAACUAGUAAAAAUAGGUUAUACAAAAUUCUUAACAAUAUUUGAACGUUUAAUUUUAGUAAAUAAUUAUGAUGAUGCUUAUCAAUUAUCUUCUAAUAUAAUUAUUCCAAAUUUAUCUAUAAUUGAUCUUGAAAUUUUAUUUUGUACAAUAAUUCGACUUUGUCCAAUAGUUGAACAUCGAGAUUUAUUUUGUUCACGAAUUCUCGAUAGUCUCAUUUUGGCAUUAGCAAAUUUACAAAUCAAGAAAAACUUAGCAAUAAUUGUUUUUGAUUUAGCUUUAGCUAUUUUGAAACUAUGUGUAUAUGAUGCACCAGAUUUAUCAUAUAGUUUAUUAAGAAGAAACGAUUUUUAUCCAUGGCAAGAAUUAAUAAAUGGUUUAGUUGAUUUAGUAAAAACUUGUAUUUCAUAUGAUAUAAUUAUUGAAAAUAAUUUUUUUAGUAAAUUAGAUCAAUUAGAAAAUAUUAUUGAUUUAAUAUAUAGAAAAAUACAAGCUUAUCCAAUAAUUUCUAAAGUUAUUCAUCCAAUUAGUGUUGAAGCUGUUCUUCGAUGGUCAAAUAUUCAAUAUAAUGGAAGUCAUCAUGUUUAUCGAAUGGGAAAUUCUAUAAUGAAUUUAAUUGAUUUACGACAAAUAAAUGAAGAUAUAUGUAUGAAAUUUAUUGAUGCUAUACAAACUCGAGUUCAUUGUGAUAAUGAAGAAAUAAACAAUAAGAGUCGCCUCUUUUUUAAUAAUAUGUCGCAACAUCUUGGUGAGUUUAUUAUGCAACUUAAAAGACUUUCACAUAAUAUACAUUCAAAAUUAGCUACUCUCUUUUUAUCUCUACUGGAUUAUUCAUUCUAUGAUGAAGAUCACAAUAUGACAUUUCACUAUGUUACUUUAAUAAGUAUAUUAUAUAGAACAGCUUCAUGUAUUUUUAAUGAAAAUGAUGCUCGUCUUUAUGAACCAUUCCUUGAUCGAAUGUAUAUGAAUGUUAAAGAUGAUAAUGAAACAAUGUUUCAUCAAAUAUGGGUCAAUUUUUGGCUUAUUGCUGGUGUACAAGUACAAACAAUAGCUGCUAAUCACAUUGAACAAUUUCUUGAUCAUACAUUCAAUCGCAAAGAUAUGUGUCUUAGCAGUUUAUUAUUAACGUUGAGUGUUCAACAUACUGAACUAUUUUAUUCUCAUUUCGAUGAUCUUGUUAAUAUAUUAUUCACUGACAAUGGACAAUAUUUAACUAACUUAUUUGGUUUAUUUUUAUUAAUCGUCAAAAAAUAUCCAGAAAUAGUUUCAUCGAAACAUAUUGAUUAUAUAUUUUCAUCAAUAGAAACAAUUUCAUUCAGUAAUGAACUUUGUAUAAUUAUUCAAACACUUAGUUGUGUAGCGAAUUAUCAUCCUUAUUUAUUUGAUAGACAUUGUGGAAAAAUUAUUUGUUUAAUUAUUGAAAAACAAAAUUUAUUAAUAUUUGAAUGUUUUCGAAAUUAUAUUAUUUCAUCAAUAAUUAUCAAUAAUGAAAAUAAAGCAAAUGAAUAUCUUAAUAUUCUUAUUGAUAUUUUAAAAAAUAAAAAAUGUUCAAAUGAAAUUCAACAAGAUAUUUUCUAUACUUGUUUACUUAUCGGAUUGAAAUAUAAACAAUUAUUAAUUAAUCGACGUUAUGAUUUUAAAGUUUUAGGUUCAAAUUUAAUAGUUAAUUAUAUUGAUAAUGCUACAAUCAGUGAAUUAGAUCAGACAACAAUUAAACAAGCUCAACUAGAAAUUGAAAAAAUCGAAUUAUGUAUUAAUAAAACAAAGAUGAAUAUCAAAACAGAACAACUAAAUACAAAUAAUAUUCCUUCUUGGAGUUAUCAAGUAUCUAAAUUACUUAAUAAUCCCAGUAAUAAUGAUUGGCGUUUACUCAGUAAACAACUUGGAUUUUCAUGUAGUGAAAUAAAACAUUGGUCAAUGCAAACAAAUCCUUGUAUGGCUUUACUUAACGAAUGGUUUAUAACACAUACAACAGAAGAAGCUAUUUAUAGUCUUAUUAAAGUACUUAAUGAUAUUGGUCGAUAUGAUGUUGAACAAAUUAUUCGACAAGAAGUAUUAAAAACAGGACAAACUAUUCCAAAUGAUUUAUCAGUUGAUAUAAAACGUCUACCACCAGUUUUUCUCUCAUUUCAUUCUAAUGAACAGAUACGUGUCACUAAAUUGAAAGAUCAUUUAGAACAAGCUGGUUAUGCUUGUCAAAUGUAUGAUGAGCAAACUGAAAUUAAUAUUCUAGAGAGUCUUAUUCGUGGAUCUAAAGUGAUCGUAUGUUGUAUUAACAUACUUUAUGAUCAAUCAGAAAACUGUUCAAAAGUAUUUCAUUUGAUAUUAAAUAUGAAAAAACCUUUCAUUCUUUUAUAUAUGGAAGAACAAACAUGGCCAUCUGAAAGUAAACUUAAAUCUAUUCUUGAUGAUUUUCUAUAUAUUGAAUUUUAUAAUGAUACAAAAGUGAAUGAUUGGCCUGAAAAUAAAUUUAUUGAAUUACUCAGUCAAAUUCGUUAUCAUGUUGCACCUGAUCCUGAUAUGAUUUGUGAACAAUAUCAUCAUUGGUUCGUACCUCGUCUUGAUAAUCUUAUCUUUUUGAAAUCAUCAAAUGAACAGAAACAAAACAAUUCCAUAUCAUUUAAUGAUAUUCCAUUAGUAGUUUCUCAUCCGCAAAUAAUUAUUUCCUAUCAAUGGGAUUGUCAAAAAGAUGUUCUUAAUCUUUAUAAGCAAUUAACACAAUUAGGAUAUCGAAUUUGGCUUAAUAUAUUUCAAAUGGGAGGUGGCGAUUCAUUGUUAGACAAAUAUAAUAUUGCGAUUCAACAAUCAUUAUGUUUACUUGUUUGUAUUACACCAAAAUAUAUGAAAUCUAUUAAUUGUCAACGUGAAAUAUCAUUAGCUAAUACUUUUCAUAAACCUAUAAUACCAUUACUACUCGAAGAAACGAACACAUGGCCACCUCCGGAUCUCAUAUUAUCAAUAUUUGUUCACAAAUCAUAUAUUGACUUUCGACAUUCAAAUAGAUAUGAUAGAUGGACAGGGAAACAGUUUGUAUUGUUACUUGCUCAACUUAAGAAAAUUAUACCUAAUGUGGAGACGGAUAAACCACGACAUUUACUCGAGAUGCAAAGACCUAUAUCUGCUUCUCGACAUAGUAAUAAUAAUGAUCAGCGAUCAAAACGAAUAUCAAGUGCACCAAUUAUUCCAAAAAGUCAAGCAUGUUCUCUCAUGUAG